CUUGGGUCAAAACUUUUGAGGUAGGUUGGUUAGAUUGCAGAGGGUAAGAGGGUAAACUGGGGCGCACGGGUGGAGGCGCUUCAGUCUCAGUCCGCACCCACUGCAGCCCAAACCACCCUCUGGAGCAGGAGAACUCAGCUCUGAGAUGCCUGCGGAAUGAUCGCCCCCCCGGGCGGCUGCCUUUGCUGCCGCUACUGCUUAUGCUGCUGCUGCUGCCGCUGCUACAACUACAGCUCCUGCUCCUGCCACCGCCUCAGUCUCCGCUCUGCUCUGACUGGCAGGCCGAAAGUGCAACUGAGGAGGGAAAGAUCUCUGCAGUGAGAGUGGAGUGGCUACAGAAAAGAGUGUGAAGAGAGCGCAAAAAACCCAGAUCAGAAUGCAGGCGACAUCCAACCUAUUCAAUCUCCUGCUGCUAUCUUUGCUUGCUGGACUAGAUCCUUCCAAGACUCAGAUUAGCCCCAAGGAAGGGUGGCAAGUGUACAGCUCAGCACAGGAUCCAGAUGGAAGAUGCAUUUGCACAGUGGUUGCUCCAGAACAAAAUCUUUGUUCCCGUGAUGCCAAAAGCAGGCAGCUUCGUCAACUGCUGGAAAAGGUUCAGAACAUGUCCCAGUCUAUUGAAGUACUAAACUUGAGAACUCAGAGAGAUUUCCAAUAUGUUCUAAAAAUGGAAACACAAAUGAAAGGGCUGAAGGCCAAGUUUCGGCAGAUUGAAGAUGAUCGGAAAACACUAAUGACCAAGCAUUUUCAAGAAUUGAAAGAGAAGAUGGACGAGCUCCUGCCCUUGAUCCCUGUUCUGGAACAGUACAAAACAGAUGCCAAGCUAAUCACCCAGUUCAAGGAGGAAAUUCGUAAUCUGUCUGCUGUUCUCACUGGGAUUCAGGAGGAGAUUGGUGCCUAUGACUAUGAGGAACUACACCAAAGGGUGCUUAGUCUAGAAACAAGACUACGUGAUUGCAUGAAAAAGCUAACAUGUGGCAAAUUGAUGAAAAUCACAGGCCCAAUUACAGUGAAGACAUCUGGAACUCGAUUCGGUGCUUGGAUGACAGAUCCUUUAGCUUCUGAAAAAAAUAACAGAGUCUGGUACAUGGAUAGUUACACUAACAAUAAAAUUGUCCGUGAGUACAAAUCAAUUGCAGAUUUUGUCAGUGGGGCUGAAUCAAGAACAUACAACCUUCCUUUCAAAUGGGCAGGAACUAACCAUGUUGUCUACAAUGGCUCACUAUAUUUUAACAAGUAUCAAAGUAAUAUCAUCAUCAAAUACAGCUUUGAUAUGGGGAGAGUUCUGGCCCAAAGAAGCCUGGAGUAUGCUGGUUUUCACAACGUUUACCCCUAUACCUGGGGUGGAUUCUCUGACAUCGACUUAAUGGCUGAUGAAAUUGGGCUGUGGGCUGUGUAUGCAACUAACCAGAAUGCAGGAAAUAUAGUCAUCAGCCAACUUAACCAAGAUACCCUGGAGGUGAUGAAGAGUUGGAAUACUGGUUAUCCCAAAAGAAGUGCAGGAGAAUCAUUCAUGAUCUGUGGAACAUUAUAUGUCACCAACUCCCACCUAACUGGAGCAAAGGUUUAUUAUUCUUAUUCUACCAAAACCUCCACAUAUGAGUACACAGACAUUCCCUUCCAUAACCAAUACUUUCACAUAUCCAUGCUUGACUACAAUGCAAGAGAUAGAGCUCUUUAUGCCUGGAACAAUGGUCACCAGGUCUUGUUCAAUGUUACACUUUUCCACAUCAUUAAAACAGAAGAUGGCACAUAAGAAAAAAGUAGUUUGUUUUCAAAGAUUUAAACAAUGUCAUUUGUGAAAAACUCUAUAGGAGCAUUAUGUUUUGUUCUGUUUUUACUGUUCAUCAUCUCUGCAAAGCAUUUUUAUUGUAAAGUUAGUGUUUUAAAAAACAUCUGAGCCUGAUUAAGUUAACCUGUUGAAAACACAUUUCAAUUCUAUAUUUAUAAAACGUAUCAUGUCCUUGUCAUGAAAAGCACUAAAGAGAAUUUAAGUGGCUAAAGUCAUAGUUGUGCAAAAGAUUAAUGAUCUGCCUUAUAUUAGAGUCAGACACUAGUGGUGGCUUAAAUGCAUGAAUUUUUUUUUAAUGUCAUUUUUACUCUCUUCUGCUCUACAUUAGGACAAAUGUUUUGGUAGGAGUUAGGAAAAAUAAGCACUUUUUUCCAUUUAUUUUUCAUAAAGGUUUAAGGAUUUUAUUUAUACAGAUAAAUAAUAUCAUUUUGCUGUUAUAUAAUUAUGAUGCGGUGCUGUACAGUUAUUUUUAAAUCUCUUGCUAACAUUUGACUGACAAUAUAUAUUUCUACCAUUAUAACCACCAUUGUGCAAUUGUAUCUCUUCACUUCUGUGAAAGUAAGUAGUAUUUUUUUAAAAGACACUGAAGUUUAAUCUCAGUAACUAUUAUCAUUCUCUUUUCAAGUGUGGUCAGGAAGGAAGUAUCUUCUCAGCUUACCCUUCAGACAGCAUUAUAAACUAAAAGGAAGAUAAAACCAUAUUCUUUGUACAAUCUUUGUCUUAAACCACGUUUGCAAAAUCAUUGGCAGUGAAUUCUAAAAGUGACUUGUAUAGAUCCCUUCAAUAAAAGCAGCCCACGUAAUUGCUUAGAAAGAUGCAUCUGAAUCACACAAAUUGGAUUUAAGUUGACUCAAAGCAAAUUUUGUACAUAAUGGUCUUUUAACUUAUGAUGUACACAAAUCUUGCAAUAAUGUAAGUCAUGCCAGGAAUUCUAAAAUUACAUAAAGCACAUUAGAAAUUCCUUAAGAAUAAAAUUUCUUUAACAUUAUCUGAAUUUAUAUUUUGAACUCAGGAUAGUUAUUUACAAGAUUUGUGCAAAAGAAAAUGAUGGGAGGACUUGGGAGUUGUCUGUGUUGUACAAGUGUUCAAAUAACAAAUUCAGAAAAUAAGGUGAGAAGGUACCCCUUGCCAUCCUGAUUCGUCAUGUAUAUACGUACAUAUUGUAAUCAUAAAAGAUAGUUUAGAAAAAUUUCAAUUCAAUAAUUCCAAAAAGACAUAAUUACUAUGUCUUAAACAUGCCAUUGUUUGAAUGUACUUUUCAUAUGUUACAAAUGCUUACCUAAAGCAGUUUUACAGAAAGAGUGAACUGGUUUUACAUUUUUAAGAGUAUAUUCUAUAUUAAAUAAUAUAUGACUUAAAUUGUUGUAUAUGUUUAGUUUCAAACAGACAUGUCAUAAUUUCUGUUGUAAAGAUAUAUAUAUGUGUGUAUAUAUAUUCAGAUACAUCACUAUGUAAAGAAAUUCUACUAACUUAAGAGUAAUUCAUUUCAAAUGUCACAAGUAAAAUAUCAUUCUCCAAUAUCUCACUGUCAAAACUGUAAAAUUAAAUAACCCAACUUAGAGUUUGUUAAGUUUAACAAUUUUUUUCUUUUGCCUACAAAAAAAAAAGCAUGAAUUAAUGACUACCCUGGGUCUUUUUGCAAUAUUGUCUUCUCUUUUUAAAUGUUUAUAUAAGUUUUCCUCUGCUUUUGAGAGUUAAAAAAAUUAAGGUAUUCACACAUCAUUCUGCACAAACUUCAAAAUAAUGUCAUACUUUGUAUAUCGAGAGUUUGUAUGAAGAGAAACAGUUGACUUGUGAAAUGAAUGAAUUUUUAAGUAGAUGGCCUUUAAUAGAUAUUUGGGUCUUCAUUUCUUGCUUUUUUAAAAGUUAUAUAAUAUGAUGUCAUGCACAUUCAAUACCUGGGUGAUCACAGCUACUUUGUGAAAUGUGAAGCUUGUAAAGCACUUUAUUGCUUUCUAUGUAAGAUUUCAUCACCCUGUCUGAUUUAUAGUAUACGUGCUGCUAGAGCAAGCACAGACUUUCUUAGAGUCACUAGAAGUGGGGUAACAUGAGUUUCAAUAUGUGAUUUUCAUUAAACAUUUACAGUUUAAGAACAGUUUUCUUAGUAAGUUAUCAGUUUUGUGCCUGAAGUAAAUAAGAACUUAGUCUAAUCACUGUUUUUUUAUCUCAAAGUAAAUUUUAUGAAAUAAUGAGUAUUUUUAAAUCAUGCACAUAAUCCAAACAGUAUAGAACUUCCAGCUCUGAAACUCUUAGUCCUAAGUGAACUGUGUAACUGGUAUUUUCUGAAUUAAUUAUCAGCAAACUUCCAUGUCUUUCCAAUAAUAAUACAAUUAAUGUC